AUGCCCCUCUGGCAAAUUUACCACCCAUUCGGCACCUUCGAGGAUGAUGCCUCGAAGCAGAACUUUGCCGAAGACAUAACCAAGAUGUAUACAGAUCUCGGCCUGCCCGCCUUCUACGUUGUGACGCAUUUCCACAGGAUGGAUGGCAGCAAUGUCUUCCUGGGCGGCAAGCCGACGCCAAAAGGCAAGACUCCAUUCGUACGCGUUAUAAUCACGCAUAUUGCCAUCCAUGUGCCCGAUAUUGACGCCAUGUAUCUCCGGACUACGUCUCGCCUUGACCAGGUCAUGAAGCCACAUCUACUGGACAUGGGUUACGACUUUGAGUAUCAUGUGGAUGAGACAGAAAGACGGCUUUGGAAAAUCAACAGCCUGAUUCCUCCACCAUACAAGAGCGACGAGGAGCAGCUGUGGGUGAAGGAAAACCGGCCACUUUCCUACGAGGGUGCCUAUCCUCCUGUCACGAAACAGGCUACCUUGUGA